AUCCCAUGAUUGUUUUCUUCUUCUACAUAACUGGAAUCAAGUUACGAUUGCGCCAUCUAGUUUCAAAUAUCCAUUGCAUACAAUAUCUACAAGGUAUAAAGUAAGGGAACUAUAAUGUCAGGUCCUCUGGUUUGUUGCUCCUUACGCAAACGCCCUGAAUGGGCCUCUCUUACCUCGAUACUUCUACAACAGGGCGAUAGUGUCAAAUGGAAAGAGACGAAUCUCGAUACCCAUGAUGUGGCUCUUCCCCUACCGAGCCCCGGCGGCAAACGUCAGAGGGUGCUGCGUGUCAUCCUGCUGUCACCGUCGAAUGUUGGCACCGAUGAAUGUCGAGGUCGAACCGAAAGGCUGUAUCAUCUGAAUGGAGGGGAAGACGUUGCCGUCGUGUUCCUACUCAAGCAGGAAAAGGAUCAAACGAGCCCUGUAGUAGCAAUGAUGACGCUUCAACUAGAUCUUGGCAAUUUUGUGAUGCCUAUUGUACCUAUCAACUCCCCUGAGGCCGUACCAUCAACUUUAAUGGCCCUUCACCGUCAACUCAGCACAAGCGGUGGGUCACGGAGGGUGGCCAACCCAGCUCAAACGCUUAUUCCAUACUGCUCUGAUAGGCCACCUCUCUCUGAACACGCAGUCAAUGUUCUAACCGACAUUACAUCUAACAUUAGAGAUUUGCUGGAUAUGAUGUCGACACCCACCGGGCGGGAAAAAGCAAUUGAGUUCCUGGGGAACGACUCGGAGAACGCUAUGUCUUUCUGGACAAAGGAGUAUCUAAUCGAAUAACGAGGCUUAUAUAGUGGACGCUACAUAACGACAGGACGACGUUAUGGCGGCUAAAGGGGGGCUAGAUUACACAGCCUUUACCAAUGUUCCUCCACCUAUCUCGCGGGUGGGUUGAUUGGCUGAGAAAAGGCAUAGACAAUGCUAUGUAAUCAUACACAUGACUCGUACUAUGUAUGGGGUUGGGCGUUGUUUAGAGGCACAGCCUUGGUCGAGUGGCCAUUUCCAAGUGCAAAGAAGGUGUUGCUUAUAUCUGCGAAUGAGUCCAGGACGAGUUGGUAUGUAGGUAGGUACCUAACCUAAAGGGAUUGAGGGGAAAAUGGUGUUGGUACGGGCAAACUCGAAGCUCGAGGGAUUAUGCAAG